AUGGGCUCCAUUGCUACCAACGUCGCGGAGCUUGACGCAUCCAAAUUCAACAUCACCCGCUCCACCAACCUUCGAGAUGUGCCUCUCCCUGGUUCUCCCGAGGAACUGAGUCACUCCUAUUGCACUGACCACAUGGUCACCGUGCGAUGGACAGUGAACAAUGGCUGGGAGACUCCCGAGGUGAAGCCCUACCAGAACCUCAGCGUUCCGCCGACUGCAUCCUGUUUGCACUACGCCACCGAGUGCUUCGAGGGCAUGAAGGUUUACCGUGGCUACGACGGCAAGCUGCGUCUUUUCCGUCCAGACCUCAACGGCCAGCGCCUGAACACUUCCUCGCAGCGCUCCUCUCUGCCAGGCUUCAAGGCUGAUGAGGUGAAGAAGCUUGUUGCGAAGCUGAUGGAGAUUGACGGCCCACGCUGGCUUCCCAAGGACCGUCCCGGCUCGUUCUUGUACAUUCGCCCAACUGUGAUCGGCAACGGACCCCAUCUGGGUGUUCAGGUCCCCAAGGAGGCACUGCUGUUCAUCAUCGCUGUCCCCUGGCCAGACUUCACCAAGAUGAAGAAGGAAGGCGAGACUGUGUCCAAGGGUCUGAAGCUCUUCGCUUCUAGUCCCGACUCCAUCCGUGCCUGGCCCGGUGGUUUCGGUUGGGCCAAACUGGGUGCCAACUACGGUCCCUCGUUGCAGUCCCACGGCAAAGCUCAGGCCAUGGGCUUCGAUCAAAUCCUCUGGUUGUUCGGCGAAGACCGCCAGGUCACUGAGGCUGGCGCUAGCAACUUCUUCAUCAUCUGGCACAACGCCGACACCGGCCGGCUCGAGCUGGUGACUGCUCCUCUUGAGAGCCAGUUGAUCUUGCCCGGUGUCACACGUCGUAGUGUUCUUGAGCUCGCCCGCGAACGUUUGUCCGAGAACUUCGUUGGCAAGCUUGCUCCUCUGCAGGUGGUUGAGCGCACCUUGACGAUCAGUGAGAUCGAGAAGGCCGCACAAGAGGGCCGUAUUGUGGAGUCAUUCGUCUCAGGCACUGCUUACUUCAUCACUCCCGUGGCCAUGAUCCGCAACAACGACCAAGACAUCAGCACUUUGGGCAAGGAUGGCGAGCCUGCCGGUUACGCCGCUCAGAUCAAGUCCUGGCUCGAAGCCAUCAUGUAUGGCAAAGAGGAGCACGAGUGGGCGUAUCUCGUUGAGGAAGAGCAGUAG